GUCAAUUAGAGUGUAAAAACGUUACGCUCCACGGAAAAACAAACGGAAUCGCUAGAAACGCCAGAAAUCAUCCGUAUCCGCCGUCAUCAGACAUCCGCUCGCAGGAUACAACCAAAAUAAUACAUAUACACAACGAAUACGAUAAAGCAAUUGCAGGAAACUGGCCAAAACGUGGUAAUUCGCCCAUGAUUCUGCAUUUUCAAGUGCUCCGAUCGAAAAUUCGGCGAUUCGAAAGUGCAAUGUGAAAGUCAGCUUAUACGACAGCUGAAUGUGUCAGUGUGUGAGUGUGCGAGUACCCCCUGUGUGUGAGUGAGAGUGUGUGGGUGUGCAGGAGUGUGUAAAUGUAAAUACCACGAAAAUCGCUGAACGCCGAAAAAUAAAGCACAAGAAAGAGAAGUAGAGGAGGUGGUGUGGAGAGGAGAGGAGAGGAGCGGAGUGGAGAGAAUCAGAAAUCAGCGAGCAACGGUACUUGGCCAGAGGCAGUUGAAGAAGAAGAAGAGGGAGCUGAAGAAGAAGCAGCAGCAGGAGCAACAGAAACCGUUGUACUAGGGCCGCAGGAGCUCUGCUACCAGGAGGUACGGAGCCAGGAGGACCAAAGGACUUGCGGCAGGAACAGGAGCAACAGUCGCGGAGGCAACGUUGAGACGCAUGCACGCUCCAUGCUCGCCGCUGGCUGAUGGCCAAAGGACUCGGAAUCGCAAUCGCAAUCGCAAUCGGAACUGUAACUGGAACUCCACAUCAUACGAACUCAAUUGAAUUGAGCGCGCCCUCCCAAAAAUAAAAGAGGAACCCUCGAACCCUUGAACCCUUCGCCGCAUCAAGCAUACGCCCCAUUGCGCACACACCUGUGGACAGAGUGCAGCAUGUCAACUUCAAAGCAUCACCAUUACCAGGUCCUCACCGUGUGGCUCCUCCUCAUCCUCCUGUCAUCAUCAUCAACGGCCAGCGCCGCAGUGAGUGCCAUUGCGGAGCCCGAGGAGGCGGCCUUUCAAGGCCACUGCGGACACACCAGCCCCUGCGACCAACUAUGCUACGAGAUCCACGAUGGAAUGUACGAGUGCGACUGCAUCGAGGGCUACGAGCUGAACAAGAACGGUUACAGCUGUCAAGUAAUUAACGCCACUGCCAAUGGCUUGGAUGGGCGUGGCAAGUCGGACGAGGAUGUGCUCUACCAGAAGGGCGCCUCGUUCAGUGCCAAGUUGGCCAACGACGAUGUUGGUAAGGAGAUGGCCAAGUCGCCGUUCGCCGGAUCCAACUCGCAAUCCGCAUUGCCGGCGGGCAAUGGAAACGGAGAGGAUGAAUCCGAUUCGGGUUCCGAAGGAGAUAGCUACGACUAUGGCGAGCAGGAGGAUAGCAAUUCGGAGACACAGGAGCAGAAGCAGAAGCAGCAAUCGCUGAAUCUUCAGCAGCAGCAACAGAAAGUCAAUUCAAACGAUUACUACAUAUCAGCGGAGAGCAUCAACUUCAAUUCGGAGUCAGAGUCUGAGGGUCAGGAACCGGAUGUGGCCGACUUCAAGGCGGCUAGCACAGCGCCCCCGACUCCCAGCAGAAGCACCACAAGGGAAACCACCUCCACCAGCACCACAACCACGACCACAACAACCAGAAGGGCACCCAGCUCAAACGGGGGAACCCAGAACCAAAACCGAAACCAAGUGGAUGUGGAUUACGGCGAGGAUGGCAGCGAUGACUAUAGCUACAGCUACAAGUCGGACAUGUCCGUCUACGACGAUGUCAACAAUAAUCAAUUAAACUUAAGACGCAACAGCAAAUCGCAAACAUAUCAGCAGACAAGCAAUACCAACACGGCCAAGAACCGGAGGAGGAACCCCAUUGUAACCAGCAAUAAGGUCCAAAUGCAUAUCACUAGGGAGUCCACUUCCAACAUAUCUACAGUGGGAGCCAUGACAACAGACAGCAGCACACCCACUUGCAAUCUGGAUUGUGGCCCCGAUGGAAUCUGUGCCUUGGAGGCCACUGCGGCCAGCUCUCGAUGUCUUUGUCCCUUUGGCAAAACGGGCACGGGCUGCCAGGAGGAUAUUCGAGCCCAUGUGCCGCGCUUCGCCAAGCGAUCCUGGCUAGCAUUUCCGGCUCUCCAUGGUGCCUACAAGCAUGUUCAACUCCGCAUCGAAUUCCGUCCAGAGUCUUUUGACGGCAUUAUCCUACUGAGUGGAGAGCGUGAUGAUCUCACGGGUGACUUCAUGGCACUUCUAUUGAACAAGGGCUUCGUGGAGUUCUGGUUCGACUGUGGAUCCGGUGUGGGCAGCGUACGAUCCCGCGAGACCAUCCUACUCAACGAGUGGAACUCAGUGAUUAUCUAUCGUCAUCGAUGGGAUGCCUGGCUGGUGCUCAACCAUGGCACCAAGGUUCAGGGUAGAUCCAAUGGCUUGUUCUCACGCAUUACCUUCCGAGAACCAGUGUUUCUGGGUGGGAUUGGCAACAUAACUGGAUUGACCAAGCGAUUGCCUUUAGCUGAGGGUUUUUCCGGCUGCAUUCGUCGCUUUGUAGCCAACGAACAUGACUACAAGUUCACAGAGCAUCCGUUGGGCGAUGUCAUUAAUGGAUUCGAUAUACAGGACUGCUCCACGGAUAAGUGCGUAAGAUAUCCUUGCCAGCAUGGUGGCAAGUGCCUGCCCUCAGAUCAAGGUGCUAUAUGCCUGUGUCCCAUUGGUUUUGUUGGAGAUCUCUGCGAGAUUCGAAUGGAUCUGCAGGUUCCCGCCUUUAAUGGGUCAUCGUUCCUGCGCUAUGCACCACUGGGCGAUAGUGCCCUUAUCUGGUUAGAGCUGAAGGUGACUCUUAAGCCGGAGCAGGCAGAUGGACUAAUACUCUACUCAGGUCCGGAACAUCGAGGAGACUUUAUAGCCCUUUACCUAAACGAUGGCUUUGUGGAGUUUGCCUUUGAUCUGGGCAGUGGUCCAGCUUUAGUCAGAAGUGAGCAUUCCCUCAGUCUGGGUCAAUGGCACACCAUCAAGAUCUCUCGAACAGCACGACUAGCGGUGCUCAAGGUGGAUCAGCACCAAGAGGUCAUGACCAUCUCGUCAAAUGGCUUUUGGCACUUGUCGCUGGAACAGAAUCUCUUUGUGGGUGGCGUCAACCAUGUGGAUCGCCUGCCCCUGGACCUCAAGUACAAACCUUUCUUUGUUGGGUGCAUCCAGAAGAUUGACAUCAAUGGCCACUCGCUGGGCAUUGUGGCGGAGGCUCUGGGCGGCAGCAACAUCGGCAACUGCCCCCACGCCUGUGUGGCGCGACCCUGCGGCCCACUGGCAGAGUGUGUGCCCCAAAUGGAGAGCUACGAGUGCCGCUGCAGCAUCCACAACGAGCGCUGCAACAAGGCCGCCGAGGUGCCGCCCGAGCAGCUGCCCGAGCUGGCCCUCCACAAGUCCAAGGUCCUCGAGACGAAGGACAAUGGCGAGGCGGUGAAGAAGGUGUCUGGCCUGGCGCACAAGAAGCAUUCCAAGAAGCACAGGAAUUUGCAUAAGCUAACCCCUGCCAAGAGCACAAGUAGCACCACAUCCACCACCACCACCACCAUCACCUCUACCACAACCACUGAAAAUCCCGAGGGGUUGGAGGAAGCCACUGCGGGGGCGCUAAGCAACGAGGAAAUCGAAGAUGAUAUCAUAUUCCGCUUUGUGCAGCAGCAGCAGCAGCAGAAGGAGCUCAAGGAGCAGCAGCAGCAGACGUCCACUCCUGCCCCAUCCACAAGCACCGCUUCACCCAAACCCAAAGCCAAGCCCAGGUUUGCUGGGAAGCACCAUGCCAGCAAGCAUGAACACCACCAGAAGCCCAAUGCCGCCUUCACCCACAAACUGAGUCGCCUGCCCACCCACUACGAGAGUUUCCAGACGAACCCCGACAGCGACAUCCUUACCUUCGAGGAUAACAACGACUGGGUGGCCAGUCUGCAGCAGCAGGAGUACGGCGAUGCCAUGGCGGCCAGCCAGUCGCCAUUGAUUGCGGAGGACGGAAACCCUGGUAACCCCCAAUCAAGUGACAGCAAUAACAAUAACAACGAAGAAGACGAUGAGAACGCCUUUGUGUUCGAUGAGUCGCUGUUCGACGCCUCCGAUGGAACGGAGGAGUACCAGCGCAAGCAGCUGGCCCAGGACAUGAAGCGCAUCAUGUCCAACUCGAAUGCGCACUCGAGUCACAAGAAGGCGGAGGUCCAGUUCCCCUCGCAGCCCAGUCAAGAUGGGGGUUUGCCCAACGAAGACACCUCUCAGUACAGCGACGAUUACAACGAUGAUGAGCUUCUCACGCCUGUGCUGCAGUCCGGGGAGGAAGUCAAGUCCAGCACACCCCAGACCCACACCGAUUGGAGUCUCCUCAAGAAGUUCGACCUAUCCGCCGAGCAUCAAACGCAGAUCCAGGGGGUACGCAAGAACUUUGGGGCCUGCUUUGCCGGCAGCGACAGCUAUUUCCACUACAACGACGCGGACACCAUGAGCCAGGUGAUCAGCUACAGCAUCGACCUCAACCUGCGCAUCAAGACGCACUCGGAGAACGGGGUGAUCCUGUGGACGGGACGCCAGGGAACGACGGAGGAGCACGACGACUACCUUUCGCUAGGCAUCGAACAGGGGUACUUACACUUCCGCUAUGAUUUGGGAUCUGGCGAGGUUGACAUCCGCUUCAAUGGCACCAAGGUCAGCGAUGGCCUGUGGCAUCGUGUGAGAGCUAUAAGAAACUCUCAAGAGGGCUACCUAGAGGUGGAUGGAAGAAAGACAGCCACACUGAGAGCCCCUGGCAAACUACGCCAGCUAAACACAGACACGGGCCUGUAUGUGGGUGGCAUGCCCGACGUGGGAUACUUUACGCACCAGCGCUACUUCAGCGGAAUCGUCGGAUGCAUCUCGGAAAUCGUCCUAGCCGGCGAAAUGAAACUGAACUUCGACCCCAACACGCUGGGAACGGAGCACAAUGUGGAGACGGGCCUCCUAUGAAACGCUGCACGCACGCCUCAAGACUUUUGAUAUCGACUAGUUUAAAUGUUAUGUUAACCACACAAAUGUCCUUCGUCGGUUUGUGUUUGUACAAAUACGCUUUUAAAACAAAAAAAAACAGAGAGAGAGAGAGUUAGGGUGAGGAACAUUUUUUUACACCAGGUGACGCAGGAGUGACGAACUAAAUCUAGAAGGGAAACAUACUACAUAUUAUAUACAAGCAUAUUGAGUAUAUACAAAGGCAUACAUAGAUAUAUAUAUAUUUAAAAGCAGAGGAAACGAAAAACCAAAAACCAAAACCCAGAAACCAAAAAAACCAAGGCACGCUUCUUAUAGAGCCUGUGACUGUCAAUACUUCAGAUCGGAAUAGUUUAUAUAUAACUUUAGCAAAGGAUUUAUAUCGGAGGAGUAUGUCAUAUAGAAUAUGAAACGAGAUAUAAGAGCGGAAAAAUCUGAGUAACCAAGCUGUCCAUUUGGCGCGAAAAUUGACGAUUAACGAAUAUCGAUAGCGAUACUUUAGUGUGUGGUCGCUUUUUUUGAACGAACCGUUACGCUUUAAAUGCAGAGCUGCCAUCUUUUUGUACCACACACACACAGUAACACAGAUACACACACAGAUACAAUACACAUACUAACACGCACUCGAACUAACACGGCUACAAAUGCAAAUUGGCAAUUCUUUCGUUUUUCGCAUUGCUGUACCUUAAACUAUGAACUGUAAACUGUAUAACUGUACAUUCUGUACUAUUUGGCGCUUCUUGGAAGGUCUAGUCCAAAAAUCGAACGAAUCAAAGACCGGAAGUUGGUGGAUGAGAUACGAUGAGAUGAUGUGAGUUAGGAUGAGGAAACAAACAUAUUAAGUGGUAAGUUAAUAAAUGUGUAGCGUGUACUAGAUCGUAAGUCAGCACACUCGAAAACACACACAAACACACUCGGUCACAUACACACGCCUGCCUAUAUUAACUUUUAUAUCAAAAUCGUAAGAUACUAAAGACACCAAAGAAACUUAAGACAUACGUAAGGACACCAAACACUCGAACACACACGCUGAACCAGAUUAAAAAAAACUUGUGAGCGAUUUUUAACAAUUUAUACUAAACAAUACAACACACACUACAACCACUAAACAGAGACAACAACAACAACAACAACUAGCUAAUGGAAACCAAACAAAAAAAACGAACGCAAAGCAAUUUAACAAUCCCAUAGCGAAAUUUUAAAAUGCGAGACAAACAACUAAUCCGAAUAGCCUGUUGAAACAAUUGUAAAA